CAUCUCGUUAGACGCAUUUUAAUCGCCUGCAUAUUUCAUAUUUGAAACAAGUAAAUUGGCUAGUUAUACGUGACAGAAUACAAAGGUUAUGAUUGGACUACAAUAAUUUACUGUCGGUGGUAAAAAGAAGGUCAUGCAAAAACUAGAUUUUUGCGUCACGAGAUGUCUUGUGGUGUUUAUCAUAUGCGAAAUUUUGAGUUAUGCCGAUGGCAACGACGAUGCAAAACGCUUGUAUCACGAUCUUCUUAUACAGAACAAGUACAAUAAACUGAUUCGGCCCAUCGGAAACAACACACACAAACCGCUUACGGUGAAGAUGGGAAUUCGGCUGUCACAAAUCAUCGACGUAGAUGAGCUGAACCAGGUGAUGACGACAAAUGUCUGGCUGAGACAGGAGUGGAGAGAUAUCAAUCUGCAGUGGGAUCCGCAGGAAUAUGGAACAAUUAGGCAACUCGAACUGCCUUCCAAAAACAUAUGGCUGCCUGAUAUUGUCCUAUUCAACAAUGCCGAUGGAAAUUACGAAGUUACCCUCAUGACAAAGGCAACUGUUGAUUACCAAGGGUGUGUCGUAUGGGAACCGCCGGCAAUUUACAAGAGCUCGUGUACCAUUGAGGUCGAGUUUUUUCCAUUCGACAUUCAACUCUGUUCCAUGCGGUUUGCUUCCUGGACUUACGACGGCAACCAGGUUGACCUCAUUCAUGAAUGCUCUACCAACCCGAAAGCAAGAGAGGUCAUAUUCAAUGGCAUCGAUCUCCGUGAUUUUUACGAAUCUGGUGAAUGGGACAUUCUCGAGGUCACUGCAGAAAAGAAUGUGAAUAAUAACACCGAAUACCCAGACAUAACAUACAAUGUGACAAUGAGGCGCAAAACCUUGUUUCACACCGUAAAUCUGAUCAUUCCUUCUGUUGCAAUAUCCUGCCUGACCAUUCUUGUAUUUUACUUACCCUCAGACAGCUGCGAAAAGAUUACUUUGUGCAUCUCUAUUUUGCUGUCACUUAAUUUCUUUUUCCUGCUAUUGGCCGAGAUUAUACCUCCGACUUCAAUUGUGGUUCCGCUGAUCGGCAAGUACCUGCUGUUUACAAUGAUUUUAAUAACUUUAUCAAUUAUUGUGACUGUCAUUACACUGAACGUCCACUUCCGGUCGCCUUCUACUCACACGAUGGCACCUUGGGUGAGACGCGUCUUCCUUAACAUUUUGCCAAAAAUGUUAUUAAUGAGACGACCAAAUUUAGAACUCGAAAACGUCGCCCGAACCAUCGUGCGGACUCGGAAUGGUAUGGUGAUGCGAGACCAGUACGUAAACCGAAAUGAUCUUGACAUUUACGAGUCUUUACGGCUUACGGCGCAUGAGGAUCCAGGGCUAGACGCCAACGUGCUAUCAGAGGAAGUUCAGGAGGCAAUUGACAGCAUUGUGUUCAUUGCUGAACACCUCAAGAGGGGCGAUCAUACAGCUUCGAUUCUCGAAGACUGGAAAUAUGUUGCAAUGGUUUUGGACAGGUUAUUCUUGUGGAUAUUCACAGUGGCUUGUUUAGUGGGAACGUUUGGCAUCAUCUUUCAAGCACCAACUCUGUAUGACAACCGACAACGUAUGACCCCAGUUGAUAGCUCCUACAAAUGCCUACCACCACAUGACCAAGGAUUAUUUUCGACUAGUAAGUCCGAAAACUCGUGUUGCUUUUCAUCAAGGAAUCUGUAAACGGAAGGUCAUAGAGCCGACGGUGACCCCACCAUGUAUACUGGCCUCAUCCUUUGAUGAGAACUGAUAUUGAAAUAUUGAUAAUUGUCGCCGUCUUUAUCCUAACAAUAGAUGUCUGUUAACCAGCCAUGCAUAAUAUGUUUAGUUGAACGCAAGCUUUGUCUCACCACGUUCUAUCGAAAAUGUUGUGUUUGAAAUAUCCUAUUAUGCGGAAAUAUAGAGUGAUGAAUUAAAAUAGUGUUAAGCAGAGGAACCACAUGCUAGAGCCCAGCUUUAUUCGAUGUGACGAGGGACAUGUAACAUAUUAAUCACGCGAAGGCUUGCAUCAUUUGGCAUACGAAACAAAUAUCUCCGAUUGCAGACAUUUCAUCUAUGAUAAAAAGGGUCAAGAGUGCCUUAACCGGUGUUCAUCGCCGACCAAUAACAAGAGAAUGAUGAAUAUUCAUCGGUAACAAAACUUACAGGACUUACAUGAUGCAUCACGUUAUUGUUAUAAGAACAUUCUGUUAAAAGGUUUUCUUUUUAAUAUAAGGCCGUUAUACACAUACUAUUGCUAUUUAAUCAUAAUUUUUAUGUUAGAAACAUUUGUACCAAAAAGAGGAAAUUUGCCUAACUGGUUAAUUUUCCUCCCCAUUGUUAGUUUUUUUUCUCAGAAUAUUGAAUAUUGAAAGUUUAGUGCUAAAGUAUUUGACCUUAUGUUCUUUUGUGCAUUUACAUAAGCGUUUAUCACUGUCACAUUCGAAAUACUUGUGCAUCCAGCGACCAGAUAUUACGAUUAAACGGCCGAAACGGACUCGUGGAGCUAUUGCUGAUAUAUUGGAAAAACUAUGAACAUUAACAUUGC